UCUCCCAUAAACCACUGAUAAACAACCGGAGAAGAUCGCAGGUCAAAGCAACAGACUCUAAAUAAAAAGUAGUGAACAAUCUGGUCUGGACGCUUCCCUCUGAUCUCUGUGGAUUUACUGAAACUACGUGAACGCUUCUUUUUUAACGGUUUGUCAUCGCUGCUGAAUCCUAUUAGUGACUCGAGUCCUUGGCUAAUAGCAGCUAGCUGUUAGCAGUGCUAGCUCGCCAGUGGAAACAGGAACUGUCUCUGUGACAAAGUGAUAGAGGAGAAUAUCUGAACCAUGUCUGGACCGAACGGAGAUCCGAGCAUGUCUAUGGAGGACGGCAUCAUUAUCGAUGAAGAUGAUUUCGGUGACGGAGAAUACAAUGCCAUCAACUCCAUGCUUGAUCAGAUCAACUCCUACCUCGACGGCCUGGAGGAGCGCAACGACGCGCUCAACGGCAAAAUGCACGAGCUGCUGGAGUCAAACCGACAAGCCCGGCUGGAUUUCCGGGCCCAGCCAGUUGGCUCUGACAACCAGGACGAGAAUCAACCCUCAGACGGCAAGGAGGAGCUGCAGGAAGAUGAUGGGGCCUCGCAAAUGAGCGACAAGAGCGAGUAGACAAGUGGGGAACAAAAUAUGAGGAUAGAAAUAUUUAUUGAAGAAGUCUUAACUGACCCUUGAUCUGCGUGGUCCAAAUCUGUGAAUAUUCCCCCUCAUCUGCAGAUGCGUGCUUGACUGUGUUAUUUUGAAUCUUCUCGAUCUCUGAAUGCAGUGCAGUCUAUCUCCUUUGUUGAACAGCAGUGCUCCGGUGUGUUGCUCCCGAGCAGAGUGGAGUCUAUUGACCUACAACAGCUUCUCAUACACGUUUGGACAUUACGGUUACUUUGCACUCUGGUUGCAGAAAUGAGCUAUGUGAAAGGAGUUUGCAAUGUGAAAAGCUGCAUCUGUCAGUGCAGAGUUGCUUAUGUUUAUGUGAGACAGUUCCCAAAACCAGAAAUAUAACUAUAGAUAAUAUAAGAAUAUUAUAUAAAUGAUCUGAAUUAAUAUUGUGGCAUCUUUACUAAAUAAAACAAAGUUUAAUCAACAGGGUCAUGUUCAGAUUCCAGAGAUUUGAAUACUUAACCCGUGCACUCUGUCAAUAGAUCUGUUCAACAAAUGAACUGUAUGUUAAAAAGGUCAUCACAGAUUUCCCACAGGUCCUCAUGGCCCAUCAGAGUUGUGUUCUUUCAUAGAUUCAAAAUCUCUGUAUAUUAUCUUCCCAAGAAAAUAAUAUAUGCAACAUUC